CUUUUGGUUCAGAAUACAGGUGAAGUGCUUCGGGCCACUUUGGCAGCGUUCCCUGCAAAUUAUCGCAAAACUAAGCUUGCAAGGCGUUUUAACUGUUUUCUUUGAAGAUCUAAAAUGGUCCUUGCUCUGCUCAGAAAAUCACCAGAGCUGACACCUCUGUUCUUGAUUAUCGGCACUGGCUGUGCUGGAGCUGUGGCUUUUACGAUCAGACAAGCAACGAAAAACCCUGAAGCGAGUUGGGACAAAAAGAAUAACCCUCAUCCCUGGCUUAAUGUCAAGCAUGAUGAACAACUUAAGCUUUACAGUCAUACAGAUUACUCAAAGCUUGAAAAAGCCCGGCCAGAUGCAGAAUCAUAAUGAGCCUUGGAGUGUAUGGAAAAGAUUUCCAGGGAGACAAUGAAGCCCCACUGGGUUUGCACUAAAAAAAAACUUUUAGUAUUGCUAAGCAUAUAAUAUUAGAUAAUUAAAACCUACUAAGCACAAGGCUGCUUCAAGAGAUGUACUUUUCUUUAAAAAUUUAGGGUGAUAUUUUUUUCUUAAAAUUGUACUGACAAAUUUUCAAAAACAUUGACAUCUAAAAUCAAACUCAGACAAUGAAAAGACAAUCGUGGUUUUCAUUGAAAGGUAUUUAAUCCUAUAAACCCUUGCUCUUGGCUGAACUUUGAAAGUAAAUUUUUCAAUUUGACAAAACAUACCUCUGCGAACUUUACAUUAAAAAAAAAAUGCAUGUUCCAGUUCAUAGUAAGGCACACAAAAUGUAUUCACUUUUUUGUACACAAGAAAACUCAUCAAAUCCUCGUUUGAGUUCUUAAAUUGAAAUCAAUACUGUACUGGUUUUGUUUAAUAUUCUCAACAAAAACUUGAAGAUAAAAGUAAAAGACACAGCAAAUGUAGACCGUCCUCACCCCUGGGGAGUGCUCUUAAAUUUGAAGUGACAUGAAAAAAGGAAAGGCUCUCAUUUGUUUGAAAUUUGUGAUUAAAAAAUCUUAAGACCA